UUUAAAAAUUCAAUACUGCUUUCAAUCACUUGUAUUAUUUGUAAAUCUUAUUGUAUAAUUUGCGUUUUAGAAUCAUAUACAGUACCUGCUGGCACAUUCCUGUAUCUGAAUAUUUAUGCAGCUCACAGAGAUCCCAAUUUUUGGCCAGAUCCAGAAGUAUUUGAUCCCGAUAGAUUCUUGCCUGAGAAUAUUCGAAAUCGUCAUCCUUAUUCGUAUGUACCAUUUAGUGCUGGGCCACGUAACUGCAUUGGUCAACGAUUUGCUAUGCUGGAAAUGAAGGCAAUGAUAGCUCCCCUGGUACACAAUUUCUACUUGGAGCCUAUUGAUUAUUUAAAAAAUAUUCGUAUGCAGGUUGAUCUAGUUCUUCGCCUUGCUCAUCCACUUCGUGUAAAAUUUGUCCCUAUCUGUAAAACAAAUGCAACUCUUUGAAACAUAUACAAAUUUAACUAAUAUCGUAAAAGUCAAAUAAAAGGCUCUAUUUGUCUAAAACUUGACUACCAACAUCAAAAUAAGUAACUUUAACACUUUGUACACCUGUCAUAGUCGAUGAUAUAAAUAAAAUAUAAAUGAAAUAAAUGUAAAGUAUACAAUAA